UACGCCGUAAAUCGCUUUAUCCGCGAGCGCUUUGCGAGCGGGUAGAAGAGAUAGGUCGGGUGAGAGCUCCCGCAUGCUACGGGGUGAGAGAUCGGUGUGUAUGUACGUCGAUCGUUCCGGUAAAUCGCGAUAACGUACGGCCGCGUUGUCGCGGGAGUCGCGACGCGGUCGCCAGGAUAAAUACGUCUCGCCGGUUAAGGGAGAUCGCAUCCGAUGCCGAGAGGACCUUUCGGCGCAAUCGCACGUGCCCCCGAUGGAACGGGCACGGCGCCACCGUGCCAGGAUUUCCGAGCUUUUUCCCAUCCUCCGCGAGAAGCGAAAUUCAGUGCUCGGCCCGCAACCGUGUCGCACCGCCCCCGACCGCUUCGACGCUCCGUGCGAUCGCGGUUGAGUCGCGUGGAGAGAUCGAAAGAACGAGCGUGUCGCGUUAGCGAUCGUUAUCGAAUUAAGUAAAACCUUCGAAGUUCGUUGAACGAUCUUGUCCGAUGUAAUUUUUAACAAUUAUAAUUUUCAAUAAUUAAUAAUUGUGGUAAAAAGCGCGAGAAACCGGCUGAUUAUGCUCGGAACGAUUUUUUGGUACCGCGAGAACAGCGGGAACGUUCUCGGUUCGCGGUAACGUGAAAAACGAGAGGGACACACGGGCACGCCGAAACAGGCAGCAGUGACGACGGGGCAUUAUGCCAACGAUCGGCGUGAUCUCGCGGGUGUUUGACGAAGGGCCGCGAAUAAAGAGCGAUCGCUUGGAUCGGACGGUGGUGGGCAGGUCGCUUAAUUAGAUCGGGCGCGGAGCGGCGCGUCAAUUAGAUCGAGAGAUGUGCGCGAAGUGAACGAUGGCCCCAUUUCACGGCAUGGCCCUGCUGCUCCUGGGAAUCGGAUACCUGUUACACGCGGAACCACUUCACAGCGAACGCGGCAUCGCGCUCUUUCAUCUCAACGACGACACGGGCAAAGGGGAGAAGUCGCAGCGUGGUCCAAGGAAAACCUAUUUUUUCAAAGACACGCCGCAAAAAUUAACGGUGGCUAUAGGGCAGGCCGCCGUCCUGCUAUGUCGUGUUAAAAACCUAGGAAACAGAACUGUGUCUUGGAUCCGAAAAAGGGACCUACACAUCCUGACGUCCAUGUCGGUGACUUACACGGGCGACGCGAGAUUUACGGUAGUCGGCAAUCCGGAGACCGACGACUGGAAUCUGCGAAUAGAUUACGUGCAACCGCGGGACGCCGGCAUUUACGAGUGUCAGGUUAAUACAGAACCGAAGAUAUAUAGAGCCGUGGCACUGAAGGUUUUGGAUAUACAGGCGAGGAUCACGGGUUCCCAGGAGUUGUACAUCAGGAAGGGUAGCACAAUCAGUCUGACCUGCAUUAUAGAGCUGCAGGAUCUGCCUCCGAGCAACGUGACCUGGUACCACGCUGGUGUGGUGAUCGAUUUCGACGGUCCAAGGGGUGGCGUAUCGCUGGAAACGGAGAAGGGUAAGCGUGGUACCACCAGCAAGCUCCUAAUAACGCGUGCUCAACUUAACGAUAGCGGUAAUUAUACAUGCGCUUCGAGCAAAGUCACCCCGGCGAGCGUCAUGGUGCACGUGCUAAACGGUGAGCAAAAUACCGGUGGCAAUAUCGGCAGCGAAGGGGAGGUUGCGACGGGGGGGGGGAUUGCAACGAGGGGAUUGCGAUGGCUCAUCUCGAAAUUCUCCGCUUCGCGAUCGAGCAAGCGAGGGAGAAGCGUAAUGUACUACAUUGCGAAAUUACUCCCCGAGCGCGCUUCGCUGAUAAGGACAUACAUUUGUUUUAAUUUGCACUCGCAAUCUGCUCCUAGAUUUCCCGUGCUUUCUCUCUUUCUCUCUCUCUUUCUAUCCAUUAUGUUAAUAUGUUUGUUAUUGGUAUAAAUAUAAAUAAUGCAGUCCACAUAUCAUAUUUGCAACAAAUGUUUAAUGUUGCGAUGAGGCAGGGCACAAUUUUCAAUAAUGUGAUAUUAAAUAAUAAUAGAUUCGCUCGCUCGUUGUGGCAAUAAAUAGUACAUAUAAUUAAGUAACAAAUUAUCCGACGAUAAUUUCGAUAUUUAGUAACGAGAAACAUGACCGACUGCUCGGUCAUGUCUCUCGUCUGUCUUUCUCGGGACAACGCCAACGGUCGACGAUCCUUUAAAUCCUCGAGGAUCCCUUCGCGCGCAAUACUCGUUUUCUCCUAUUACUGCUACUACUUUGCGACGGGCCGUUAAUAAAUUUAAUGUUCGUUAGCGAGCACCCGAGAAGGAUUGGCGAGAUCGGGACACGUAAAGAUCCGGGGAAGCGACACAAAAGCGACACCUUAGUCGUCCGAUGUAAUUCUCUUUUCCAGGAGAGCAUCCCGCUGCGAUGCAACACGGCGGCACCGGUGAUGUAAAUAGGAGACUCGUCCUGCUCGUCCUGAUUUUCCUCGUCGAUACGAUGUU